CUACUCGUACGAGAAAGCAAAAUGCAUAAAAGCAAAAGUGGAGCCAGUGCGCAGGCGGCGUAUACAUCACAAGUGUACUGGUUCCAGAUGCUGAAAUUCCUCGACCAGUCUACUGAGGCCGACGAGAGUGUGUGCAAUAUGGAGAGCACGGAAAGUGAAUCUGGAAGUGAACGUGCCACACCGACGUUUGAGGAAAUGAUUGCGCAUGAAAUGCAAGAGCCUGUCGCAUGUAGCGAGGCUCAGCCACAGCCCCUGCGUCAAGAGCGGCCUCCCACUAAAAGGAGGAGAGUCACGCCAGACGUGGCAACAAACGUUAUGGUGGAGGCCAGCAGGACAUUUCAGGCUAUGGAUGAUGCUGCCAGAUCCAUGCCUGUCCAUGAAGACCACUACAGCACCCUUGGCGCCCACAUCGCAGCAGAACUGCGUGAAAUGGAAAAGGUGGGUGGCAGGGAAUACACCACUGUCACUGUGCACAGUCUGCAGCGGACAUUAAUGGACAGCAUGAAAUGCAGGCUCAAGAAGAGCCUGUUGUCACAUGCAGUGAGGCACAGCCACAGCCCCACCAUUAAGAGCUCUCCCACAAAGAGAAGGCACAACCGAUUAAUUUUGUAGUUUCUUGAUUCAAACUGUAAUUGAUUUGUUUAUAAAAUAAAAAUAGUU